AUGAACAGUAGCAGCACAUCUAUUGGCUCAUUUUCAACGUCAGGAAACACCGCUGGGCGUCAUAUCCAAUCAAAUGAUGAUUCAGCAGCAGAACUUCGACUAUUACUUACACGAUAUUAUUAUCCAUUUCUUAUUGUAUGGGGUACUGUUGGAAACGUUUUAUGUUUGAAAAUAUUAUUGCGAAAAAAAUUUUUGAAAAAUUCUACCUGUCAAUAUUUAGCCGUGUUGGCCGUUAUUGAUAUUUUAUUUAUUUAUACUAGAUCAUCACGUUAUUUAUAUCGAUACUUUUUUAACGUUGAUUUACGAAAUACAUCGAAAUGGAUAUGUCGAAUAUUUAUCUUUUUCAGUUCAGCUCUAUCUCACAUUGCUUCAUGGAUAUUGGUUAUUGUUAGUUUUGAUCGAUAUUUUAUUAUUACAAAUCGAUAUCGCAGACGAUCGGUUGAUUGUAGAGUCGUGUUAUCCACAAUAAUUUUGAUAAUUGUUGUUUGCUUAUUUAAUGGACACUAUUUUUUUAUACUAGGUACAAUGAUGACAUUUCCACAAACUGACCGGUCUAAACUUAACCUACUAAAUAUGACUACCAAUUCAUUAUCCUUAACGUUAUUAGAUUCCAGUUCACGUGAAGAUCUUUCUUCACCUUCACCGUUACCGCAACUAAUCGUACCACGUAAAAAUGAUACACGUUUCGUUUGUAUUGCUCGUGAAAAUUUUGAUCAUUUUUUUCGUCUCUACAUCCCUAUAUUUGAUAUUUUACUCGUAGCUGUUAUUCCAUUACUCCUGUUAUGUUGCUCAAACAUUGGUAUUAUUAUAUUUACGAUGACAACAAACAAAGCAUUACAACGUGGUGGAAUUAUAAGAAAACGGUCACAUCGCAGACAUCAACGUUUAACCGUAAUGUUGCUGUCCGUCACCUGUGCAUUUCUAUGCCUGACAUGUCCAUCUGUUAUCUACAUUUGUGUCAAUAAAAUAAUGUACAGUGGUGGUUCAACGCAAAAAAUGAUGCCUGCCAUAAAAUUGUUAACUGUUGAUAUACUCGAAAGUCUAUGGUAUACAAAACAUGCCAUUAAUUUUAUUUUGUAUACCCUAAGUGGUUCAGAUUUUCGUCGUGAAUUUUUGAAAUUAUUUCAAUGUCAGUGUUUUAAACGUCCAACACUAUUAGCAAGAUUAGUUAAACAAGAAGUAUCAGUGUCUACCGCUCCACCACCGUCACCAUUACCAACAACUGUCAAACUAGACGGACCGAAGACACUGAUCACAUCUAUAGCAAAAAGCUCAUCUUAUCAACUUGCAUCGAGCUAUAGCAACGAGAAACCAAUGUAA